AUGGGAAAGACUGGCAUCUCUGGUAUCAGAGCUCGGAACCAGAGAAUCAUCAACUUCCUGGUACUAAGGUAUUUUAAAAAUCCAGGUGAGUGGGACAAUGCCUGCAAUGACUUACAGAAAAUGCUGAUUAUACGGUCAAUCCGUCCCGACCGCGUCCCAAUAUGUGUGGCGUCGUUCGUAACGAAUAAUCUUGGAUCGAAGUACGUCGAGCCUCCUCCUCUUAACAUGCAAGAUGUGUUCAUCGAAUCUCAUCCACAAACUCCUUUAAUCUUCAUACUGUCUCCCGGAGUUGACCCGACUCAGGCACUCUUACAGAUCGCCAUAAAAUACAAUAUGGCAAAAAAAUUUCACGCCCUUUCUCUAGGACAAGGACAGUCAUCCAUUGCCAACAGAAUGAUCAAAGAAGGCAUUAGAGAAGUUAGGUAGAUUAUAUAAUUAAAGGGGCACUGGAUAUUCCUGGCUAAUUGCCACUUAUCACUUAGUUGGAUGCCAGAACUUGACAAAAUUGUGAAUGAAUUACAGAACACUGAAAUACAUCCCAAAUUCCGGCUUUGGUUGAGUAGUGCAUCUCAUUCGUGCUUCCCUAUUUCAAUUCUACACUACGGGAUUAAAAUGACUACUGAGUCUCCAAAAGUUUUAUUGUUAAAUCUCUCAACUAAAGGGUCUUAA